UUGUUGCACACCUAUAUUUAACAUAGAUAUUUUUUUUUUUUUGAUAAACCUGUGUGUUGUGUUUGUAAUUGUUUGAUAUCCAUGAGAGCAGAGUAUUUUUGUGAAUUCUUUGAAGGAAAAAAUCAAAAGGUUAAACAAUAAAGGCAAUUUUUCACAGCCUUCUUUGCUCAUAUUUACCAAGGGUGCCAAUAUUAGUGGAGGGUUGUGUUUCUGUCUAUCUACCUCUCUUGUGCUUUAUUUCUUUCUCUCUCUCACUCCUUUCUUUUAUUCUUCCUUUCCUUUCUUUCAAUCUGUCUUUCCUUUCUCACUUCUAAGUUUGUCCUGGCUUUUGGGACAGCAUGUUGUCCCGGUGCAUUGUGGGUUCUCAGCCAAUGUGUCCGCAUUACAAUCAUACAUUGUUCAGUUUAUGGCCGCACUGCACCUAGAGCUAACUCUUACUGCCCCGAGGACACACUUUUGGUUACUGUGUAGAUAUCUGUAACUAUAACAAGGAAGUGAAUAAACUGUGUGUGUCACUGCUAUAUUCAACAUUUGCUCCUCAGUAGCUGUCACUGGUUUCAUCUUUCUGUUUUCUUAAACUCCUCCUCUCCCAAAAAAUUUAUAACCAUAAUUUAUCUAUUUAAUUUAAAAAAAAAAAAAAAAAAAAAGCUUUAAGAAACCUAAAACAGUAAACUUUGUAUCUUGUGUGAUUAAAUGUUCAGCAUGUCUGAAUGUACUACUAACAUUAUCAGUGAGAUCCACAUUCCACAUUUCUGUUGGACAGAGGCAACAGCACUUUGAUCAGAAUGCUAACAGAUUAUUUGGAAACAUGACUGGGGGAGGUGUGUGUGUGUGUGCACGUGUGUGUGGGAUGUCGGCUGUGAGAGUCUCUGUAGAAAAAGAAAGAAAGAUGGGGGUUGGGUUCGUUGAGCCCAAACUGCCCAGUACAGUACAGCGAGCAGAUUGAUUGGCAGCCAGAUGCGGAGUGAGCAGAGAGGAUUGUGGGAUGGGGGAGGGGCGGGACGAGGUAUUGCUACACAUGUGUGCCACUGACUGAGGAACAGUCGCUGGAUUUGUGCCACUCUGCUGGCAUUAAAAAAAACCUCUUCUUUGGGGUGGUUGUGUAAUGGACCGUAUGAGUGAGGAGGCAUUACGGCUGAACCUGCUAAAACGAGGCCUGGAGACAGGAGAGGAGCGCAGCCGAGCUCACGAUGACGUCCUGCCCAAGAGGCUGAAAAUGGAGGGUCAUGAGGCCAUGGAGAGACUGAAAAUGCUCGCACUGCUGAAGCGCAAGGAUCUGAGUGGUCUGGAGAGUGGCUCUGGCACACUAGGGGAUCUCCGAGCCUCUGGAGCCAGCAGCCAUGCUGCGUUACAGAGCUACACGGCUUAUGAGGAGAAGCUUAACGGCAGCCUGAGGACGCCAGCCGUGUCCCACUCUCUUAUGGGCCGCAGCGGGAAAGAGAACAUCAAUGAUGAGCCGGUGGACAUGAGUGCCAAGAGGAGUGUUGUGGAUCGAGAGCGUCAAACUCCCUCUCCAGAUGUGAUUGUCUUAUCUGACAACGAGGCAUCUAGCCCCAAAGGAGCAGGCAGAGAGGAGAAAGUGAAGCCUGUAAACCUGGACAUGUUCAAGGGGAAGAGUGUAGCUGAGCGCCAACGAGUGAUUAAGGCUUUAAGAGAGGAGCUGAGACUUGAGGAGGCUCGUCUGGUUCUGCUAAAGAAACUCAGACAGUCUCAACUACAGAAGGAGAACCUCGCCCACAAGGUAUCAGUGGUGCAGAGCAGUUCUUCAUCCAUUCAUCCCUCAGCCCACAGCUCUCAGUCUAGCAACAAGCUACCCAUCAGAUCUGGCCACACGCACCACAGUGGAGAUGCCCAGAACCUCCGUGCUGCACAGGGACAGAGUGUGAUCCGGUCUGCAGCCAGUGCCUCCAUUCCCCAGAUGAUGAUGUCACAGCGAGUGGUUGCUCCAAGCCCGGGGCAGCUGCAGGGCCACAGAGUGUCAGGCAAACCAGGCAGCAUGCGCACAUCCACUUCCAGCAUCAACAGCACUGUCAACUAUCAGCAGGCCUCUAGUCAGCAGGUGUCCGUCCCCCAGCGUUCCAGCUCCUCCUCCAUCUACAUGAACCUGGCACACAUGCAGGCAGUGGGCGUGGCUGGGAUAACAGGCGGAGUGGGUGUGGCUGGUGUGACAGGUGGAGUCAGUGUUUCUGGGGUGGGCUCUUCCUCCUCUAGCUCUGUGCAAGAUGUGGCCAGCAGUCAGGCUGCAGCCAAAUUGGCUCUACGUAAACAGCUGGAGAAAACCCUGCUGGAGAUCCCGCUGCCUAAACCACCUGCACCUCUCCUCUACUUCCUGCCCUCAGCCGCCAACUCUGAGUUCAUCUACCUGCUGGGCUUGGAGGAGGUGGUGCAGAGCGUCCUUGACAGCCAGGGUAAGCUGUGUGGAGCAAGUGGUCGCCUGGAGCCCUUUGCUUGUGCUCAGUGUAAAACUGACUUUACCCCUCACUGGAAGCAGGAGAAGGGUGGACGCAUCCUUUGCGAAACAUGCAUGACGUCCAAUCAGAAGAAGGCUCUGAAAGCCGAACACACUAACAGGCUGAAAAACGCCUUUGUGAAGGCUCUGCAGCAAGAGCAGGAGAUUGAACAGAGAUUACAGCAACAAGCUGCUCUGUCCACCAGUUCUACAGUGUCUGCUGCUAGUGUGAGCAAAGCUGAGUCCAUGAUGAGGCACCACACCAUCAGACAGGCAUCUUCGGUACAAGUUGCUCAGUCCCAGGUGUCCCUGCAGCGCAGUGUAUCAGCUGCAGGUUCUGGGUCAGCACGAGGUGUCCUAUCCAACUUUGCACAGGCGUCCCAGCUUGCGCUACCUGGCACUAUAAUGGGCAUGACCAGCAAACACUGCUCUACCUCCAGCAGCCGGUCACAGCACGACAGCCGACAUCAGCUGUACGGCAUUCCUGGAGUCAACAUUGCUUACCUGAGCUCUGGUAAUGUUGGGGGUCAUAAGUCAUCUAGUUUAGCAGACAGACAGCGAGAGUACCUGCUGGACAUGAUUCCUCCUCGCUCCAUAUCCCAGUCCAUUACUGGACAGAAAUAGGCCUUCACUCUUAAACUUAACCCCAACACAUGCAUUAACAACCUACUCAUGACAAGCUCACUCAUAUACUCUCUCUUUCUCUCUCUCUCUCUCUCUCUCUCUCUCUCUCUCUCCCUCUCUCUCUCUCUCUCUCACUCUCUCUCAGAUGAGCACACACACACACAAACACACUCUUUCACAUAUCCUACCACGUCUCCCUGUUCCCGUUGCAUGCAGUGCCUGUCAGUCUGCUUACCAGCUACUCUUUCUGUGUAACACAAUCAGUGACCGUAUGUGGUGAACUUCACCAGUAAACUGCAGUCACUCUCUGCAAGUAUGCAAUCCCUCCUCAACACUGCUUAACCCCUUCUCUCUUCAUCACUCAAAAUGCGUGUGUGUGGACGUUUUGUACAUUAAUGCACUUUCCGGUGAGAAUGUGUUUUUAAUUUUGCAGUUAAUAUUUUGAAUGUGUGCGGGUGUGGCAGCACCAUACACAGAGAGAUGAAAGCUCUUCCUUGGCUGAGAGAAUUGAAUUGAAAUGGACAUCUGUUUUUUUUUUCCACUCUGAAAGCAACUAUCAGUCUUUUUAAGAAGAUGGGAUUUAAAUGAAGAAGUCUUAUUAUAUGUGGAGAGCUUUGGUUUUGGCUACAUUUAGCUGACUGCAAUACUUACUCGCCAUUACUCCCCAUUUCCUAAAGACUUUUCUGUAAGGGUUUCUUGUGCAAACAGCCUGCAGUGUCUUUUCAGGUCUGUCUUUGUCCAGUUCUUUCCCAGCAAGGAUAAGCCUGUCAGUAAGCUACAUCAUAUUAAGCAUUCAGUCCUGUGAGGUCACAUUUACUAACUCCUUUUCCAUUCACAUACAUGUAUGCGCUUUGCAUAAGAUCAUGUAGUAGUGUAUCAUUUAUUUUAUGGUGCUCUCCCUGAAUUAGUCAUUUUUCUCAUCAAAUGGGAAAUGAUCAGAAUGACUUUUAUGACAGUCCACCUUUGACUUUAAACAUGUAAGGUUAAGUAAAAGUAUAAUUACUUAUAGUGCUAAGUAUUGAAUUUUAAAGGUGCUGCUUGUCAGAUUUUCCUCUCUUCAUCAUGUAGUUUACUGAGCAGAGGAAUUUCUCAUGUACUGCCCCUUUAAGUGCACAGUGCAAUAUUGGGCAAGAAGUGAUCUUUAUUCUUUUUUUUUUUUUUUUUUUAUGACGUGACUGAAAAUGAACAGUUAUGGCCCUGCACCAUGAUAGAUAAUACCUUUUCCACAUUUCUCUAUUAAACAUGUAUCUUUGUUUAUUCAUCUUUUGUAAAAUAUGUACAGUAUAAUAUGUUCCCUUUUUUAUUUCAUUAUACCAUUUGCCCCACGGUACAUUUGUUGUUUAAAAAAAAAAGGUCUUCAUAUCUGUAAAACUGAUUUUUAAAAAUAUUUCUUAUGAACUACCUGUAAACAAUUCUUUUAGAAAUUUAAGCCAUUUUUUCCCCUUUUCAUGCCCCUGUAUCUUACUUUACUUGAAAACUGGUCAAGGUUUUAUGAAUAUUAAGCUUAUAACAAGUAUUACAAAUACUUAUUUGCAUGAGCAGAUGUAUUCUUAAUAAUGUAUUGUAAAUAUGCCUUUAGCUUUUGGGGCUCAAAACAUGAAACAAUGCAUUUGUACAUUGUAUAGGAAAAAAACAAAAGCCAUUGAUAUUGUGAGUGUCAUUUUGUCACGUGUUCCCUGUGUAGUGCUACACAAAAUGUAUGAAAUUACAAUUUUAUUUUUGAUUCAUUCUUAAAUAUGUUUUUGUCCCCUCUGUAUCAGUUGUGCUCUGUGCUUCAUCCACCUAAGACCUUCCGUUUGAAGACUUGGCCACAGUGUUUCACUUAAUUGUCUGUGUUAAAGUUUGAAAUUAACACAUAGCCCUUUGUACAUUAGCUCAGACAACUCAGUGAAAUGUUGUUGCCUCUGGCAAUCAGAGAUGUACUCAGUUCUUUAAUGUUAGUCCUCUGGAAAUGGCCAUUUAUGAUCCCAGGGCUGGAAAAUGCUCUUGCUCUUCACUUUCUUUGCUGUUAUUUGUUGUUAUAAACGCAACAUGCUGUAUUUGCUAUGGAAUGCUAAGCCGAAUGUGAAAACUGAACAGAAGGAAGAAAGAAACGUUUUCUUGCAGGCCAAAUGUUGCUCCAUAUAAUUUCAGUAAAUAAGCUUACAAUAAAAAAAAAUGGAAGAAAUUAAUUAACAGUGGAUUUUUAUUUUUUUCACUUUCAUCAUUCGUCUGUUUUACCAUCAGGGUCACCAGGAAUUUUGGGCCUUUUGACUGUUUUAUGCAUUGGUUCUUCUGUGUGAGAUCUUCCUUCCCUUGGAUGAUUUUCUUUCCCUAGAAGCCCACCUGCCCACUCCGAGCCCUUGUUAUCAUCUACACUUUCUCCGUUGUUGCAGCACCUCUAAUCAGCAGACAUGUGUUUCUUCUCUUUUCUUCUUUAGUCCUCUUCAUUCUGCCAUUUUGUUACAGGGUUGGAAAUCACAACUCCUCAUCAAAGAUAUAAUAUUUAUUAUUGAAUUCUGCCACUGCUUGUUGUGGUGAGGGUUUUACCCAGUAACAGAAAUGCUGUAUAUGUAUUCAUGAGAUUGCUAUUAGUACGUCAGAAACCAUAAGGUUAUGUGUAUAAAGGGCACAUCAUAUAAAGAUAUAAGAAUUAGUUGCAAAUUUAAAUUAAUGUGAUUUACUUUUAAGGCUUACGUGAGUACAGACAUGUUACUAAUGUUGGGGUAAUAGACUGGUCUUGUUACACUUUUAAGGAUAAAAGGAUCUGUCUUGCACCAUAAAGUGUUCUUCACUUAAUGUUUUAUGUCAAAUCCUACAACAGAGAGUAUCCCUUUUUGCAAAGGUUAAAAUGAGCUCCUCUUAGAAAGCUAGAACUAUUAACUUUCCAAACUAAGCAUUGAGAAACCUUUUUAGUGUAAGAGUAUACCAUGUGAGUUUAGUCUUCUUCUUAUAAUAAUUUACUUUUUGCUGUGAUACUAAAUUAGAUUCCAUUUUAAUUUACAAUGUUACUUUACAAACAAAAUACCUAGAUAGACUAAUUUAAUAAGGUAAUUUAUU